CUCACUGAAGAGAUCUCUGUUCUCGAGAUCGCGAGAGGCGGAGGUUACCUCGCUAUCGAGAUUCAGCGAGAGAACGAGAGAGAGAGAGAGAGAGCGCCGAGAGAGAGUGAGAGAUAAGAAAUCUGAAGAAUGGAUUUGGAUGAAGAGUAUGAACAGCAGUAUAAUGAGGAGGAAGAGGAGGAGGAGGAGGAGAUAACGCAGGAAGACGCGUGGGCGGUGAUAAGUGCGUACUUUGAGGAGAAGGGUCUGGUUAGGCAGCAGCUUGACUCUUUCGACGAGUUCAUCCAGAACACUAUGCAAGAGAUUGUCGACGAGUCUGCUGAUAUUGAGAUCCGACCCGAGUCUCAGCAUAACCCCGGUCACCAGUCGGAUUUUGCCGAGACUAUCUACAAAAUCAAUUUUGGACAAAUCUACCUUAGUAAGCCCAUGAUGACAGAGUCUGAUGGUGAAACUGCAACCUUGUUCCCUAAGGCUGCAAGGUUAAGGAACCUUACAUACUCUGCUCCACUCUAUGUGGAUGUCACCAAGAGAGUCAUCAAGAAAGGGCAUGAUGGUGAAGAGGUUACUGAAACUCAGGACUUCACUAAAGUUUUCAUCGGGAAGGUUCCUAUAAUGCUUAGAUCAAGUUACUGCACAUUGUAUCAAAAUUCAGAGAAAGAUCUGACAGAACUUGGAGAGUGCCCAUAUGAUCAAGGUGGCUAUUUUAUAAUCAAUGGGAGUGAAAAGGUUCUGAUUGCCCAGGAAAAGAUGAGCACCAAUCAUGUCUAUGUCUUCAAGAAGCGGCAACCAAACAAGUAUGCAUACGUGGCAGAAGUUCGGUCAAUGGCAGAGUCUCAAAACAGGCCACCGAGUACCAUGUUUGUGCGAAUGCUCUCACGAACUAGUGCAAAAGGGGGUUCUUCGGGUCAAUAUAUUCGUGCCACACUUCCAUAUAUCAGGACAGAAAUUCCUAUUAUAAUUGUUUUCCGAGCUUUAGGUUUUGUGGCAGACAAAGAUAUUCUCGAACAUAUCUGCUAUGAUUUUAAUGAUACACAAAUGAUGGAGUUGUUGCGGCCCUCUUUGGAAGAAGCGUUCGUAAUUCAGAACCAACAGGUUGCUUUAGAUUACAUUGGAAAAAGAGGGGCUACAGUUGGUGGUGUUUCAAAGGAGAAGAGGAUCAAGUAUGCCAAAGAUAUCCUUCAGAAAGAAAUGCUUCCUCAUGUCGGGGUUGGAGAAUAUUGUGAGACAAAGAAAGCUUACUAUUUUGGCUAUAUCAUCCACCGGCUUCUAUUGUGCGCACUUGGCCGAAGGGCUGAGGAUGAUAGGGAUCAUUAUGGAAACAAGAGAUUGGAUCUUGCUGGUCCUUUGCUUGGUGGUUUAUUCCGAAUGCUUUUCAGGAAGUUAACUCGGGAUGUUAGAUCUUAUGUUCAAAAGUGUGUUGACAAUGGUAAAGAUGUUAAUUUGCAAUUUGCAAUCAAAGCCAAAACCAUUACAAGUGGCCUUAAGUAUUCACUGUCUACUGGAAACUGGGGACAAGCAAAUGCGGCAGGUACAAGGGCUGGUGUUUCUCAGGUGUUGAAUCGCCUGACAUAUGCCUCAACUCUAUCACACUUGAGAAGGUUGAAUUCUCCAAUAGGACGUGAAGGGAAACUCGCUAAACCCAGGCAAUUGCACAAUUCUCAAUGGGGGAUGAUGUGUCCUGCAGAAACACCAGAAGGACAAGCAUGUGGUCUGGUGAAGAAUCUAGCAUUGAUGGUGUAUAUAACAGUUGGAUCAGCAGCAUAUCCAAUUUUGGAGUUUUUGGAGGAAUGGGGCACAGAGAACUUUGAGGAAAUAUCUCCUGCUGUCAUUCCACAUGCCACAAAAAUAUUCGUCAAUGGUAGUUGGAUUGGAAUCCACCGUGACCCUAAUAAGUUGGUCAGAACACUUAGACAGUUAAGAAGACGGGUUGAUGUCAAUACAGAGGUUGGGGUAGUUCGUGAUACCCGUUUGAAGGAACUACGGAUAUACACUGACUAUGGCCGUUGCAGUCGCCCAUUAUUUAUUGUUGAGAAGCAACGACUUCUCAUUAAGAAGCGAGACAUACAAGCAUUGCAAUUAAGGGAAUCUCCAGAAGAAGGUGGUUGGCAUGAUUUGGUGGCCAAGGGAUUUAUUGAGUACAUCGAUACUGAAGAGGAAGAAACAACUAUGAUAAGCAUGACCAUUAGGGAUCUCAUACAAGCAAGAAUGAAUCCAGGGGAGGCUUAUUCUGAUACGUAUACUCAUUGUGAAAUUCACCCCUCACUAAUAUUGGGUGUCUGUGCUUCCAUUAUUCCUUUUCCUGACCAUAACCAGUCUCCCCGUAAUACGUACCAGUCGGCUAUGGGAAAGCAGGCAAUGGGAAUUUAUGUAACCAACUAUCAGUUUCGUAUGGAUUCGUUGGCGUAUGUGCUGUAUUAUCCUCAGAAGCCGCUUGUCACCACUCGAGCUAUGGAACAUUUACACUUCAGGCAGUUGCCUGCUGGCAUUAAUGCCAUUGUGGCCAUUGCAUGUUACUCCGGAUACAACCAAGAAGAUUCUGUCAUCAUGAACCAGUCAUCCAUUGACCGUGGGUUCUUCAGAUCUCUAUUCUUCCGCUCGUAUAGGGAUGAAGAGAAAAAGAUGGGGACACUGGUGAAAGAGGACUUUGGUCGCCCUGACAGGUCCAACACCAUGGGGAUGAGACACGGAUCCUAUGACAAACUGGACGAUGAUGGUUUGGCCCCACCUGGGACUCGAGUCUCUGGUGAGGACGUGAUAAUUGGCAAAACUACCCCCAUCUCCCAGGAUGACGCACAAGGGCAAGCUGCCCGUUACACCAAGCGUGACCAUAGUACCAGCUUGCGUCACAGCGAAAAUGGGAUGGUUGACCAGGUCCUACUGACUACAAAUGCCGAUGGGUUGAGGUUUGUGAAGGUGAGGGUUAGAUCGGUACGGAUUCCUCAGAUUGGGGAUAAGUUUAGCAGUAGGCAUGGUCAGAAAGGGACUGUUGGCAUGACCUACACACAAGAGGACAUGCCCUGGACUGUGGAGGGCAUCACCCCUGAUAUUAUCGUCAACCCCCACGCUAUACCUUCGCGUAUGACCAUUGGUCAGCUGAUUGAGUGUAUCAUGGGAAAGGUUGCGGCCCACAUGGGGAAAGAAGGAGACGCCACUCCCUUCACUGAUGUCACUGUGGACAACAUAAGCAAGGCACUCCACAAGUGUGGGUACCAGAUGCGUGGGUUUGAGACCAUGUACAAUGGCCACACUGGGAGACGUCUCACGGCUAUGAUCUUCCUGGGGCCCACUUACUACCAGAGGCUGAAGCAUAUGGUUGACGACAAGAUCCAUUCUAGGGGGAGGGGACCGGUGCAGAUUCUGACACGGCAACCGGCAGAGGGCCGAUCGCGUGAUGGAGGGCUGCGGUUUGGGGAGAUGGAACGUGAUUGCAUGAUUGCCCAUGGGGCUGCUCAUUUUCUCAAGGAGAGAUUGUUUGACCAGAGUGAUGCCUAUAGGGUUCACAUCUGUGAACAUUGUGGGUUGAUUGCCAUAGCUAACCUCAAGAAGAACUCUUUUGAGUGCCGAGGGUGCAAGAACAAGACCGAUAUUGUCCAGGUUCACAUUCCCUAUGCCUGCAAAUUGUUGUUCCAAGAGCUCAUGGCAAUGGCCAUUGCGCCAAGGUUGAUGACGAAGGAUAUCAAGCAAGCGAAGAAUCAAAAGAAGAAAGGUGCUUGAGGAUGAUGAAUUCAAGAGGGAGCCUUUACCAUUUUAUUUUGCAAUUUUUUUAAAUUUUAUUUUAAAGAAGGGUCCUAAUGAAACGAGGACUGAUGUAUAAAGGUUUACAUUGCAUGAUGACAUGAAAAGAUGGAUGUUUCAUAUUC